AUGACUACGUCGCUGUCGUCAAUCGUACCCAGCACUUCGAGCCAUAGCCUCGGCCCACCUCCCAAGGAUCCAACCCUCACACCUGGUGUGCCCCGCCGCCUACGCUCAAACUCUGCCUUUGCAUCUCCUAGCUCCCCGUCCUCUCGGUCCCCCGAGGUCCCUCCACGGGUACUUGAGGGGCUGAAGGCGGCGGCGAACCCACAGGCCGCUGGAGCAGGGCAGCAUGGGCACGGGGCCACGCUCGGCGCUGCUGUGAACCGCUCGGUCCCGUCUGUCGGUCAACAGCAGCAAAACUCGGGUGCUAGUACGAGCAGUGCGUCGCCUAAUGGUGGAUACUCGCCAGUGCCAUUGAUGGCGCACACACCAGACGCGCCAAUGAGCAGCGCGUCAUCGGACACCGUCACCAACCACUCGCCUCAUGCAGCAUCCCGCGCAUUACAACUUGCAGUUGGUACAAACCCACCUCCUCGCCCUGCACGUGCACCAUUGCGUUCUCCAACGGCUGCCACGGCAUUGCCACGGUCACCCUCGCAGCCGGGUAUGCCUGUUCCGGGCAGUGAAACCUCGACGGUCCGGCUCAUCCACCGUGCCCUCGAGCACAGUAAGGAUGGCGGUGAGACGCUCGAUCUCAGUCGUGAGCGGAUUGACAGGAUUGGAGAUGAGGAGGUCGAAGUGUUCCGCACCCAGGUUGGCAAGGACAAUAAGGGCGUCUGGCGUCUUGCACUGAGCUACAACUCCCUUCGGGACGGUUGCAUCACACCGAGGUUUGCCAGUCUCACGCGACUGAGGUAUCUCAACCUCAAGGGCAACCAGCUUACGGGAAUCCCAACACCGCUGUGCGAGCUGCAAGGUCUUGAGAUUCUUGAUCUCUCAAAAAAUCAGAUCACGGCGUUCCCCGAUGUUCCAGGUCGUCUUGCACAUCUCAAGGUGUUGUCGCUGUCGUACAACUGCCUGACAGCCUUGCCGACGUAUCUGGUCAACUUCAAUGGCCUCAAGGUCUUCAAGGUCGACCACAACCCCAUCCAGUGGCCGCCCGUCGAGAUCCUGGGCCCUCUCAUCACUAGUGAUCCAGUGCCGCGGAGGAAUGAACACGGCGAGCGAGAAAAGGCCAAGCGCGAAGAGGACCUGCGUCCGUGGAUCGCUGGCAUGAAGCUCUGGCUUCAUGAGCAAGCCACCGACGCUGAAUCUGCCCUGGAGCAUGCUCGAGUCGAGGACGACGCCGAGGCUACCUCCGAGGAUGAGCCCAUCAGUGACUUUACACCCGACGCGAAUGGUGCCUGGACUGCGCCGCAAGGCGCUCCUCAGGCGACGGUGAAGCGCAUCAUUGCCAUCCCAGAAGAACACAGUGCCCCAUCCUCUCCCACAGGCAGCGCGUUUACACACAUUAAUCGAACGGCGACAACGUCGUCAGAGGACUCGCUCAUCCACCUCAACAGUUCGACAUUGUCGCUGCCCUCCAACGCGUUCCAGCACGAUCGUUCUAUCAGUGCGAGCUCCCUCACACCACCGGUAUCCGCAUCAACGACGUCUUCGUCCCAUUCGGGUCCGCUCUCGGCCAACCUGCCCAAACCACCGCAGUCAAACGCAGCGCCUGCGCCGGUGCACGCCGGUCCCAGUGGCCACGGGCAUAGCCGCGGCGCGAGCUACACUGUUACCCAGCGGCAUAGUGGCCAGCUUACGGCCAAAAAAUCGCUGCCCGACCUGAGACAGAGUCACGCCAAGAUUAUCGCCGAGCGGCGGUCCGAGGCGAGUGAUGAGGUGCGACCACUUGGCCUCGGAAUCGGCUACCCGCGCAACAACUGGCAGCAGAAGCUGAAGAGCUUGCCACCGCCAGACAGCGCCGCCGGUGCCGGCAACCGGACCCUCAAGAGCAAGGGGUCGUUGGAUGUUCUCCGCAAGCUCAAGGACACCGAAGUCGCCGACCUUGCUCGCGACGGACGAGACGUGCCGGCCAUUGAUGAGUCGCGCAACUCGUAUUUCCGACGUCUGAGCAUGCUCCCAGUGUCUACCAUCAGCAAGGCCGUCUCCCCCGCCAUGUUGAUAUUCAUCGACGCCAUCCGUGGUUUACUGUUCGCUACGUCGCAACUCCAUGCUGCGCUCAAACAGUACCUGAACUUUGCUGUUCCAGACCGGGUUGCUGGUGUAUUCAGUCGCGUUGUGGAGCCAGCGGGGCGAUACCAGCAACAGCUCAUCAACGCCUUGGACCGGUUUGACAGCACUUCACGCCGCUCCGCCCCACCCGUUACCGCUGUGCGCGGAGUGGUCGACGCUGCCAAGGAGUGCAUUGUGGUGUUUGGCAAGAUUGUGUCUGUCCUACGCCUCCAGACGCCAGCGUUCAAGGACGCCGACGUGCGCUACACCCGUCAACUCUUGCUCAGCAUCUACGGUGGCAUGUCCGAGAUUGCCCGUUCGUGGAACUUGAUGGCACCCAUCCUCGCCGACAUUCGCCCCCUCCUCCUUCCCGAGGGCGCCCACCUCGCACCGCCAAUGUCCAAGUCGAGCAGUCUCUCGGGUCGUACACCCAUCUCGCCCAUCCUCGAGCGCGGCGAGUCACGUUCUCCAGAGCGUGCCAUGCGUACCACGCCGUCGUCGACACUGGGGGUCGGAUCGAUGCCGCCUGUUGGCUCGUCACCGCGGGCCAAGAGUCGUCGUCACGCUGGCUCGUUCUCGACCCAGGAUGUGGAACGCGGUAUGCUCAUGGGUUCCCCCAGUGCGCCGAGGAUGGAGUGGCCAGAUCUCUCGCGUACCAUUUUCGAGGACAAGGAGGUGGCCGAGGCGACCGCGCCACCGCCUUUCCCAUUACACGCCGAGCCAGAACCACCGCAGAUGAUGCCCCCCGAGCCCCUGCCGCCUAUGGUGACUAGCUAUUCACAGCCCGCCCGGUCGCGUCACAUCCCAACGAGCUCAGCCGGGUCGUCGUACCUCUCGGCGCCGAACGGGAUGCAUCGCAACUUGUCGGUCGAUGUCCGCCCACCGACGCCGGCAAGCGCAACCCUGUUUGACGAGGACUUGCUUGAUGUCCUAGACUCAGCCAUCGACAUUGCAUUCCAGGUCUGGCUGCGACUGGCGGAGGACAUUGGCGCCUCUGCCGGCCCGCCAUUCGCGCACCACGCCAAGAGCGACAGCAUCAGUUCCGCUGGAUCUGGCAGGCUGGGACCCCUCACGCCUCUGGACUCGCGCCGCCCGCCAACCAUCCCGCCGCGAGCGUAUCACGACCUCGUUCUCAGCCUUAGCACCGCCGAGCAAGUCACCGACUCUUUGCGCGAGAGCCUGAUGGGUCUCCGUGCCAACCCCUUUGCGUUUGCGCACACGUCCCUGCCCGACAAUGCCGCUGCCUUUAUCAAGGCAGUGGUCAAGGUCUCAGAGCAGAUCAAGGUCCUGUCAACCACGCACUUGUUCUCGCAGCCGGUCCGGCAGUAUCUGAGCCAGCUCACGCAGACGACGAGGGAGUGUGCCAUCCUCAUGCAGGUGUCCUCCCUGCGUCCUACGCAGAGCACGCCAGCGUCGGACCUGCGGAACAAGGACCACCACCACCAUCACCACCAUCACCACCACCACCACCACCACCAGGAAUACUCCCAGGACCACCGCGACAUCCGUCCCUAUGCGCCAUCGUACACCAGCACCCCGUCAAUCGACCGGGGCUAUACGCCUGAACGGCCGAGCGGGGAACGCGAGCGCGAGCGCGACAAGGAGCGAUCCGAGAUGAGUUCCAACGAGGACCUGACCCCCGGAUCGGGUCUGCGCGGUCUGCACCUUCCCUCGCGCCUGCGCGGACGGCAGCCGCACAACCCGGGCCAGAGCCCGCCCAGCGACCUGAGCCGGUUCGGGAGGGAGCAGGAGGCGUAUGCCCGGAAGGGCUAUUAG